UUGAUGUAGCAUGUGCUUAUGUCCAGUCCUUUAGGUUUGAUGAGAGAGAUAAGAGAAGUCAAUAAAAAGGAGUGAUGUUCCUUCCACAAUCUUAACCUCAUCUCACGGAUCUUGCUCCUCUCUUUCCUUCUCUUCUCUAUGUGUUUGUGUUUGUUAUUUUUUUAUGCUCUCCUAUACAUACAUAUAUAUAUAUAUAUUUUAUAUAAAAGCUCUAGGGUAUACAUUCAUUUGCAAAGAUAAGGUAUAGAGAGCAUAUUCAAAGGCUUUUGCUUUGUGUCAAUCAACCUAAACCAAAUGGCUUCUUGGAAGAAAACCAUCACAACACCAUUCAAAAAAGCUUGUACUUUCUUUAAAGAACAACCAACAACAAGGGAUCCUAAGAAGUCUCAAACAGAACAAGAGAGGCGUAUAAUGGAUCUGCAAGGUGAAGUAAUGGCAUGUGGGUAUGAAGAUGUUCAAGUUAUGUGGUCAAUGCUGGAUAGGUCCAAAUCCACAGCCACAGAAUGUAACAUAACUUCAUCAAGUUGAAUUACUCAAAUGCCCUUUGAAGUCCCAGUGCAUAAAUUAGCGAAUGUUUUUUUUAUAUGCUAAUUAAUGUUAAGGUCAUAGUUGUUGCAUCAAAUAUCUUGAAUAUGAUAUGAAUGUAAUGGAAAUUAACAAGAUAUUUGAUAUGUGCCCCUUUUUUUUCUUUGAUGAAGAAGAAUUAAGGUGGCGGUUUUAGUUUGUCUAAGUCAAAAUGUUAGUACUCGUUGGGAAUCCCCGUGAUUGGUGAAAGAAUAUCAUGGUGAGAUUUUUUUAAUCAAAGGUAGAUUCUAUGUCUAUGUCUGUUUUCCUCUUUGACGGUUCAAUAAGUACAGUGCAAUUUUACCCUUG